AUGUCUCUAUUGGUGUUAAUUCUGUUAGCUCUGACCUCAUAUGUAACAGCAGCUUCAAAAUUAGAAUCCAAAGCAACUGGUUGCUCUUUAAACAUAUUGGUAAAUAAUGUGGUGACGCCUCUUUUUCUAAACUCGAGUUUCCAAUUUCCAAAUCCAACUUAUAAUGGUGCUACAGAGGUUGAAUUUGAUAAAGAUGAAAUUUUGUAUAUAGGAUGUCCAAACGCAGACACCACUCAAUCUAAUUUUCCACUGGUACCAGGCGGUGAAGAAGCAAGGUGUGUAGAGGGAGAGCUAAUUUAUGCGAUAACCAGUAAUAAAACUGUUAAUUUUAAUGCACUUACGUGCCAUCAACAAUUCAGACCGUAUUAUAGAGAAAUAAUUCCUAGCUCAAAAUGUGAAUCAAAUUUCACCGUUCGAUACAUCGGUCAAGUUAUUGCUAAUAAGGUGAUUCGUGUGGUGAAACUCUGUUUUGACACCACAAAAAUACUACCUCUUUAUUCGAAAUAUACAACAAAUAAAUGGAGUGACUUGUUUGUGGACUAUAAUUCUGAUAUUAAUUUUAAUUACGUAUCCAAUGGUCUUUUUGAUAAUCUAGUACCAUGGGAUGUUUAUAAACAAACGAAACAAACGAUGGAAAAUUUGGGAGUGUUUGGUUAUAUCACCGAUGACGUGUACUUGGUUCCUGGACAAUUAGCGGUUUAUGAUGAUUUCCUUUCUCCUUACCAAAGAGACUUAACUUUUGAUUAUGCCAACACGGCUUUUCAGUGGAACACUAUCAAGAACGGAAACUGGAAAAAUGUGGUAUCAUCUUUGCAAUCGUUGAUUACAAAAGGAAAGGAUUUCGGUGAGGUGACCAUGCUGGGUGGUACCUUAAGAAUAGCAAGUUUACCAAAUAAGAGUGGUAGCCCUGUUGAACUGUUUUUGAGCGGUGAUGGCAGAAUGCCCGUUCCAAGCUGGUUUUGGAAAUUGUUUUUUUCUAAGUCCGACUAUAGUGCUAUAAUGUUUUUUGUUUAUAACAAUCCUUAUGUUGAGAAAUCCGUAGUUGACAAAGAAUUAAAGACGAUAUGUCAAAAAGAUGUACUCAACGAUCUUCACUGGGUCAAAGGAAUUGAUAACACAAACGCGAAAGCAGGAUUUACUUAUGCAUGUUUAGUGGCACGAAAUUAUAUGGUUGAUGAAGUAAUUAGAGAAAUUGUUAAUAACGUUUUGAAUGAGCAAAAAUUCGGAAGCGGUUUGCUUCAAAUCCCGAUGGGAGGUGGUCAAAUCCAAUCCGAAGCCGUCAAAGUGGAGUCGUAGAAAAAUGUUUAAAAAAAUACCUGUGUUUUUAUUAUUAUUAAUUUAAUAAUCAGAUUAUGUUUACAAUAAAUAUUUUAACCCAUUUUAUAAAAA